GCGAGUUGUUUUUGGUCAUUCUUAUUCUUCUGGUCGAACUCAUCAAACUAGUUUUGCUCAAUAAGACAAUUAACAAGAGAGAUACAGAGAGAGAGAGAUAAAGAUGUUCUUCCACAUAGUAUUGGAGCGAAACAUGCAAUUACAUCCACGAUUCUUUGGUCGAAACCUUCGUGAAAACCUCGUAUCUAAACUCAUGAAAGAUGUCGAAGGCACUUGCAGUGGCCGUCAUGGGUUUGUAGUGGCGAUAACAGGAAUAGAGAGCAUAGGAAAAGGUUUGAUCCGAGAUGGGACUGGUUUUGUCACCUUUCCAGUUAAAUACCAAUGCGUCGUUUUCAGACCUUUCAAAGGCGAGAUUUUGGAAGCUGUUGUCACUUUGGUCAAUAAGAUGGGAUUCUUCGCUGAAGCUGGCCCUGUUCAGAUUUUUGUGUCUAAACAUUUGAUACCGGAUGAUAUGGAGUUUCAAGCUGGAGACAUGCCUAAUUAUACCACAUCAGAUGGAUCAGUUAAAAUUCAAAAGGAAUGUGAAGUGAGACUAAAGAUUAUCGGAACAAGAGUUGAUGCCACAGAGAUUUUUUGCGUGGGUACCAUCAAAGACGAUUUUUUGGGAGUCAUAAACGAUCCUGCAGCCGGAUAGAAGUUUCAGGCCGAUUUUCGAUUUUGGUCGUCUUUCUUUACGGAGAAUGUUGUCCGGAUUCUUUUAUCCGGACAAAUUGAAACCAAGCUUGUGGGAUUUAACUUAAUGCGAGUUUAGUGAACUUUUGUAUCUGUUCAAAAUUGUUGUCAUGACCAUUUAGAUUUUAAACAAUAUAUCGUACCGGAUGGUGGAAACAAUCCGACGUAAGUACGUAUCUCAGUGAAACUUGUAUCUUACUUGGAUUUAGACAUUGGUUUUAGUUCAUAGUGAAGGUAAAAUAUUGAAAGUUUGAAACU